GGAGACAGGGAUCGGUACUCUACAGGCCUAGUCUGCGUGUCCCUGGCGGACUGGGUCCCCUGUUCAGCCCGAGGGCGGAGUGAUCUGGCGGCGGUGUGCUGAGGCUGUGACCGAGAGCGAGGGGGAGGUUGUGGCGCCAGAAUUUGGAAGUGUUCGCGGUAAGAUCGCAGCUGGGAGAAGCGGCCGCGGAUAUGGUGCAGCUACGGACUCGGAGCUCGGCCGGAGCCAGGAGCGUUCCCGAGCCGGAUAGCCUGCUAGACUCCAGCACCGAGAACCCCAGAAGCCCUCGGGCCAAAUACACCCGGAGACUCCGCUCAGGAGACGGUGGGGAGGAACAGGAGAGCGAGUGGCGCCCUGGGGACUCCCCAAAUAAAGAGGCUAAUGACUGUCCCCAUGCUCUUCGAUCGUCAACCAGGAGGAGCGCACAAAAUUGCCUUAACUAUUCAGAUUCAAGCCUGGACAAGAGUCAUGAAGCGCAGACCAUGAAUAAUACGGAAGAGAAAAGGUUUACUAGGAGGCUAGCUAGAUUGCAGUCGGAUGCAACAGCAAAUGGCAGUUGCAAAGAAGGUGAGCUGCCAACUGAAGAGAACAGGCCGUUGAAGAGGACGAGAAGUGCAGAGAAAGCUACUGCCCACACUGAAAACGGUGAUGUUGAAGUUCGCCGCAGCGGCCGGAUCAGGAGAAGCCGAUAUAGCACCACAAAUCAGUCUGUCCUGUUUGACAAGUUGAUCACAAACACUGCUGAAGCUGUACUGCAAAAAAUGGAUGACAUGAAGAAGAUGCGCCGUCGCCGACUGCGAGAGCUUGAUGACAUCACAGUUUUCAAUGACACUGAAGAAGACAAUCUUGAUAUGUAUUCCCGUGUGAAGCGAAAACGUGAAGUUCCACAACUUGAUGAAGAAACCACAGACAACCAAGAGGAAAGUGGAGAGUCCUCUGAGGAAGAAGAUCAUGAAGAAGAGGAUGAAGACGAAGAUGAGGAUGAAGACGGCGAAGAAGACAAUCAAAAACGUUACGAACUGAGACAGAGAAAAACUGUUGUGCCGUAUCAAGUCCCAUUACAAGAACCCAGAAACCAUAAGAAGCGAGGCAUGUUCUACACCAGCUCACCAUCUCCUACAAGGCGCCGAAGAUACAGAUUUGGAUCUGCUGGGCCGAGGAGUCCUUACUGCAAAAGGCGUAUUAACAGGAGAAGACAUGCUAUACAUAGCAGUGACUCGACUUCCUCAUCGUCUUCAUCUGAUGAUGAACAACACUUUGAAAGGCGUGUGAAUCGGAGCCGUAACAAGGCUAUCAGCAGGUGUCUCCCGAUGAACUUGCAUAGAGAAGACUUAAAGGGAAUCCAUAAGGAUCGCAUGAAAAUUGGUGCUAGCCUGGCAGAUGUGGAUCCAAUGCAGAUAGAUACAACUGUUCGGUUCAGUAGUGUUGGAGGCCUCUCCAAACACAUCGCUUCUCUAAAAGAGAUGGUGGUUUUCCCUUUACUCUACCCAGAAGUCUUUGAGAGAUUUAAAAUUCAGCCUCCAAGAGGCUGCUUGUUCUAUGGCCCCCCUGGUACUGGUAAGACUUUGGUUGCCCGAGCUUUGGCUAACGAGUGCAGUGUUGGUGAUAGGAGAGUUGCUUUCUUCAUGAGGAAAGGAGCGGACUGCUUGAGUAAAUGGGUUGGAGAGUCUGAGCGGCAGCUGCGGCUGCUCUUCGAUCAGGCUUAUCAAAUGCGUCCUUCAAUUAUCUUUUUUGAUGAGAUCGAUGGCUUGGCUCCUGUGCGAUCCAGCCGACAAGACCAAAUCCACAGCUCCAUAGUUUCCACACUGCUAGCUCUUAUGGAUGGUUUGGAUGCCCGAGGGGAGAUUGUCGUCAUAGGAGCCACCAAUAGACUCGACUCCAUUGAUCCAGCUCUCAGGCGACCAGGACGGUUUGACAGAGAAUUUCUUUUCAGUUUGCCAGACAGAUAUGCAAGAUUGGAAAUCCUAAAAAUACACACGCAAGAAUGGAAUCCAAAGCCAUCGGGAAUGUUUCUGGAAGAACUGUCUGAGAAGUGUGUUGGUUACUGUGGCGCGGACAUAAAAUCUGUGUGCGCUGAAGCAGCCCUGUGCGCUGUCCGUAAGCGUUACCCCCAGAUUUACACCACCACGGAGAAGUUGGUGCUGGAUGUGUCUUCCAUUAAAAUCACUGCUAGAGACUUUAUGCUAGCGAUGCUGAAAAUUGUGCCGGCGUCCCAGAGGGCCCAGGUCUCUCCUGGACGGGUACUGUCACCCAUUAUCAAGCCUUUGCUUCAGAACACACUUAACAAGAUUUUGAAGGAUUUAUGGAAAGUCUUCCCACAUGUGGAUGAAGGACUCAACAAAAAGAGCGAAUCCGUGUUUUCAAGUAACCUGCUGGAUGAGGACAUGCUGUACAGCGAUGAGGAAGGACCCUCUGUAUUUGAAAACGGAUUCCUCCAUAAACUCAAUAACACUAAACAGAAAGAAAGCCGUCCAUUUCUUCACUUUAGUGUGAACGCAAAUCGCCAGCCAACAUCUUAUAGACCCAGGCUCUUGCUAUCUGGCAAACCAGGACUAGGUCAGGGCACACACCUGGCCCCAGCAGUCAUACAUGCGUUGGAGAAGUUCACUGUGUACACGUUGGAUCUGGCUGUACUCUUUGGUGUUAGUGUGACUUCCCCAGAAGAAACCUGUGCACAGCAUUUCCGCGAAGCACAAAGAACUGCUCCAAGCAUCCUGUAUAUUCCACACAUUAAUUUGUGGUGGGAUACCGUUGGCUACACCCUGAAGGCAACAUUCAUCACACUACUGAAGAACAUCCCAUCCUUUUCGCCGAUCCUUCUGCUUGCAACGUGUGAUGUGGAUUAUUCUUAUUUGCCCUCUGAGCUAAAAGAACUUUUCCUUGAGGAUUAUGGGGAAGUUGUCCGUGUUCAGUUGCCCAGCAAGGAGGACAGGAGGGCGUUCUUUGAAGAUCUUAUUUUGAACCAAGCUGCCAAGCCUCCUGCUUCCAAAAAGAAGGCAGUUUUGCAGGCACUUGAAGUGUUACCGGUGGCCCCUCCACUGGAGCCGCGCCCACUGACUGCAGAGGAGCUGAAGCGAUUGGAAGAGCAGGAAGAAGAGACGUUUCGUGAAUUGAGGCUCUUCCUGAGGGACGUCACCCACAGACUUGCCACUGAUAAACGCUUCAGAGCUUUUACAAAGCCAGUGGACCUUGAAGAGGUUCCUGAUUACGUGACGGUUAUUGCACAGCCAAUGGACCUUUCAACUAUCCUAAGCAAAAUUGAUCUGCACAAGUAUCAGACCGUGACAGAAUAUUUAAGAGAUGUUGAUCUUAUAUGCAGUAAUGCACUUGAAUACAAUCCAGACAAGGACCCUGGAGAUCGUUUAAUCCGCCAUAGAGCAUGCACUCUAAAAGAUGCCACUUAUGCCAUUAUUAAACAGGAGUUGGAUGAGGAAUUUGAGAAACUUUGUGAAGAAAUUCAAGAGUCUCGUAAAAAGAGAGGUUUUACUGCUGCGAAAUAUGCCCCGUCUUAUUACCAUGUGCCUCCUAAGAGUAACAUACCAAAGGAAACGGACAUGGAGCACUCAGAGAAGCCAGCAGGAUCUGCAGCACCUGUAGCAGCAAGUACACCCAGCGCAGUUAGAAGAAAACAAAAGCGUAAAAGCCGUUGGAGUUCAGGCUUGUGUGGUAAAAAGAAGAGGGCCAUAUCCACUCUCCGGGAUAAGACUGACAAAGAAGUAGAGAGCGAAGUUGACCAGGAUCUUGAAGGGUCUAGUCUAGAGCAUACAGAGCUAGAACUCAUAGAUGAGUCCUCAAUGGAAGCAGAGGAUGGUACCUUGGACUCUGAACAUAUAACAAAGGAAUUGGAGAAAUUGCCAGCCAGCACAGAUACAUCGAGUGCUCCUGCUACUGGGGAACCGGUGAAACGACCAGAGCAGCCGGCGCAAGAGAAUGGCCAACAAGUUGAGUCAAACGAUGUUUGCGUCUUGAGAAUGACCCGUGGGCGACAAAUGCAAGUCAAGCAGCAGCAUCUCGUCAACGUGGACAAAAUCAUGGACAUAUUGGCUGAGCCAGCACCAGCCUUUCAUGUGGAUCACCAGCAGCUGAAGGUUCUCUUGAACAAAGUUGUCGAUAAAAGUAGCAGCUAUAAUGUGUUACAAUUGGAAAAGUUAUACGCCGUACUGAGCCAGUGUAUUUACAGACAUCGCCAAGACUACGACAAAACGGAGUUACUACAGGAAAUGGAGCGAGAAAUCGCGUAUUUCAGAAUCUGAGAGCGUUAAAGACAGCAGAUUUUUAUAUUGCCUUAUUAAGAUUUCAUUUAUAUAAUAUAUGAAAUGUUUACUUGUACAUAUCUACUGUAACAUUUAAAUGCCAAAUGCAAUUUGAAUUACUAUUUUGACUGCAAAGCAAUUUAGAGCCGUAAGCAGUGUGUGUAUAGACGGUAUCUGCCCUUGGGUAGACUUCCAUUUGUCUUUUUUAGUGCAUCUUACCGCAUACAUGAAUUGCUUGUUAAAUGUUGGGGGGUUUUUACACCUCGGGCAGAUCCAGUUACUUGCUCUCUGCUGGAGAUGAGUCCCAUUGCGGGGGCAUUGCAGCUAAUUAUAUUAGGCCAAAUUAUUCUAUACAGUUAUAUGAAGUAGGAGAUUCCACCCCCAAAGAAAUGCUUAACAAUAUGCUUGGCGCUAAAUACCGCAGAGGAAAGCGCCUAAAUGUGAACCAUAUUUUGAGUUGUAGAACAUAGCAAUGUGGGGAAAUAAGUGGUGCAUCCUAUCGCAGAAGCCCAGUUAGAUCUUCCUGUGGUGAGCGAUUGAGAACCGCAUAGAAUACUGGCCUGUGCCCCUGGUACUCCUGCAUAACAGCUGAGAGAUGGCAAUGGUUACCUAGAGCCGCUGCUGAUUCUGAUCUCUAAUUGGGUCACUCAGCAGGCGUAGCUAUGUUGUCUGAUGGCCCUGAGAAGGGGAAUGGGUGGGUUUGUAGAGUAGGAUUCACCGUGUUGACCAUUGUUUGGCCCGCACUGCGUUCAGUAAAUACGGAAUUCUCCCCAUUCAAGCUAUGAAUAUACAACUAACCUGUUUCCAUCAUUUGGGUCAAAAUGGUUAGGUUUAUUGCAGCCGUGGGUUGACAUUAUUGGUCAUGCUCCUCGUUUCUGUUGGCACCAUAUUAUAAGUUGUGUUAUUUCAUGUGUAUAUGUAAAUAUAAAGCGCACAGUGUCUUCCGUUUUUUGUUUCUUCCAUGAUUAAUGUGUUCACCAUUCCACAGCACACUGAGCGGAGUUUAUUCACGGACUCUCGGGUCCAGUUUGGUUGUACUUCCUCUGAUGAAAUAAAAGGAUCUUCUCCAAGAA